CAUGGCCGCCGCAGCCGCUAUGUUCUCACAUAUGAAGUAUGGAGAUGGAUUAACAAUUGUUGGAGUUUCAAUCUGCACAGCUAUCGUAUGCGAAUCAAUCUCAUGGCUCUUCAUCUACCGUACUGGUUCAUACAACAAUCUCAAGUCAUCCAUCGACAAGGCAUCAAAGAAGCUCGAGACGAUGAAAACUGAAUCCAAGAAGUCUAAGAUCAAGAAGAUCGACCGCGUCGAGACAACUCUCAAUGAUUCCAACCGCGAUCUAUCUCUUUUCAAGUUCAAAUCCGGUGCGGUAGUUGCGUUCGUCCUCUUCCUUGUUUUUGGUCUUCUUAAUUCCAUGUUUGAAGGUAAGUCGGUUGCUAAAUUGCCAUUUGUACCGAUACCAAUUGUUCAGAAGAUGAGCCAUAGAGGAUUACGUGGGGAAGAUAUGACGGAUUGUUCUAUGACUUUCUUGUAUUUUCUCUGCUCUAUUAGCAUCAGGACCAAUUUGCAGAAGUUCUUAGGGUUUUCCCCUCCCCGUGGAGCUGUUGCUGGAUCUGGACUUUUCCCAUUGCCCGAUCAGAAAACCAACUGAUAGAUAGUUUGUUUGAUCAUCUUUUUUUUCUUUUCUUUUUUUAAUUUAUGCCAAUUUGGUUCAUACUUUGAGGACUUGUUAAAUUGCAUCCUUUCAA